AUCAGUCUAAAGCUGCGCCUUCUACAACACAAAAGACUGAUUCUGCAUUUACUAGUGGUGUGUAAGUCACCCAGCUUCCUCCAAUCUAAACUAACCAAAAUGGCAACUGGCGGUGCGAUAACAAAGCUCAAUAUCUCCACCACUAAAGAUGAGGAGGAAAUACUUGGAGCUAACCAAUAUCACCGCCUCAAUGCUGACCUCAAUGCAGGCACUAAGAAAGAUCGCGUCUUCCUCUGGUACAAGAAAGAGUGUGGGUUGAAGCCUGUGACCAGGAUCCAGUUUUCAUUCAAAAGAGAUAUGGAAAAAGGUCUGGAGGCAGCUGGGUACGAGCAGGUCAAGAAGAAUCUGAAUGCAGGAACGACUGGAGACAAAAUCAAUCUGUGGUACUUUUACGGCAGCACCGAAUCUGACAUCCCCAUUGUGGACCUGGAGGUGAGCAAAGAUGCCACAGAAGAGCCGGAUUUUUUGCGAGAUGGCUGGGAGAGGCUGGGUUGUGAUCUGAACCGCAGUGCUGGAGGAAACUUCAUCUAUCUGUGGGUGAAAAGAGAGAAGCCGAGCUACAUCUGUGAGAUCACAGCAUCUACUGACUUCAACUCUGACAAGCAAAAGUUUGAUCUUGGCUUCACUCGUGUGGACGAAGACACCAAUCGCGGUGCCGGUGGAAACAGCAUCUUCCUCUGGUAUCGACGCACAGUUGAUAAAAGCAAGGCUCUCACCGGUCUUAAUGUGUCCACCAACUUUGAGGAGGAUGUGAGGCUUGAGAAUGACGACUUCAAAAAGCUCAGCGUUAAUCUCAAUACUGGCGCUGGUGGAAAUGAUAUCUUCGCUUGGUAUUUGAACAAAGGAUGUGAAUCGCAGGUCAAGAACAUCGUUCUGCUGAUCAAUAGUGCUGCCUGGGUUGUGUAUCAGAAAGCUGGGAUCAACUUCAUCGACAAAAAUCUGAAUGAGGGCAACCAAGGGAAAGAAAUGUACUUGGCAUACCAGUAGAUUAAAUGAGCUAGUGCAAAUAUAUGGCAACUAUGUACAGUUGAGGUCAAAACGAUUUAUUUUUUCAAAUUUCUUUUUCAAAUAUUUCCUAAAGGAUGUUUAACAGAGCAAGGGAUUUUUCACAGUAUUCCUAAAAUAUUUUUUUCUUCUGGAGAAUGUCUUAUUUGUUUUAUUUCAGCUAGAAUAAAAGCAGUUUUUUAUUUUUUAAGAAUCAUUUUACGGUCAAUUUUAUAAGCCUUAUAAGAAAUAUUUCUUUCGAUAGUCUACAGAACAAACCAUCGUUAUACAAUAACUUGCCUAACUACCCUAAACCUUGCUUAGUUAACCUAAUGACCUAGUUUAGUGGAUCUCAAUCUUUUUUCAUCAAGUACCGCCUCAUAAAAAAAUAGUUUCUCCAAGUACUACCAUAAUGACCAGUAUUGUAAUACAGCAGCGUAAAUACUGACUAAAAACGUUAACAUUUAAAUUAAAAUGUGCUCUUAAAAGUUAAAAAUGAAAAGUUACUGUUCUUAAAAAGUUAAAGAAAAAAAACUCCUGUAAAGUAUUAGCCUAUUUAUCAACACCAGGAAACAUAGGCAAUAUGUCAUCAUAUUCAUACAUAAAUCAUUUUUUAAUAAUUUUUUAAAAAUAAAUGUAGCAUGUACAUAUGACAUA